ACCCGUUCCCAGAAUCGACUUGUAAAGAUCGAUCGUUCGUGCUUCGUCGGGCUGCUCGAAGGAUCCAACGGCGCCGAAUUUCGAAAAUCGAUUGAAAAACCAGGACGGUUACGCUUACCGCGGUCACGCUGACGUCGAGAAUUUUCUCGAGUUUACUUCUGACGCGACACGACACGACUCGUUUCUGUCUCGCGCGAGCCAAUCCAUCAACCGUACGCAGCAGUAUUAGAUACAGCAGUGAAAAAGGGAAAGGAGAUUAUCGUCACGUAAUAUUCACGUCAAAACGCCAGGGACGAGAGAAAGAUCUGGGCGAACUCAGCUUAUACAGCAGCGCGUUCAGUACAGUACAGUAGCAUCCACGGCUAGAGAAUCAGUCGAAUUCGAUCGCGCAGUGCUUUAAUCGAAUCGCGUGGCUCUUCAGAUACAUUAGAAAGUGUCGAUAGAAAAAUUCGAGUGACCAAUUUUCCAUCGUCUAACGUUCAACAAUAUGUCCAUGUACGGUCAAUCGCCUCUCGGCGAUUUGGAAGACGAUCCGAUCUAUGGCGCUCACAUGCAGUCGAUGCAGACAAUGCAGCAAAUGAACAACAUGAUGAAUUCUAUUUUACAAAACCCCUUUGGAAUGAUGGGUAUGGGAGGCAUGGGUGGCAUGGGAGGUAUGGGAGGUAUGGGUGCUAUGGGCGCUCCUGCACUGAUGGAUGUUCGUCCCCAAAGUGCCAUGCAUCCAAUGCAAAUGUCACCAUUUGGUUUUCCACUCAUGGCAUCUAUUGGUCAAAUGUUUUCUAAUAUGGACAACAUGGGAGCUAUGGUACAAAGUAAUAUGGGAAAUAUGGGAAACCCAAAUUGCCAUUCAUUCACCAGUAGUUCAGUCAUGACAAUGACCAGUGGUUCUGACGGACGACCACAAAUAUAUCAAGAAUCUACGUCAACAAGGGUAGCACCAGGUGGAGUGAAAGAAACAAAAAAAACUGUCAGUGAUUCACGUACUGGUAUUAAAAAAAUGGCAAUCGGUCAUCAUAUUGGUGAACGAGCACAUAUUCUUGAACGAGAACGAAAUUAUCACAGUGGAGAGCAAGAAGAAAGACAAGAGUUUAUCAACCUAGAAGAAGAGGAAGCUGAAACUUUCAACCACGAAUGGCAACAAAAAGCCAAACAAACAAUGGGUGCUAUUGGUGGAGCUCCUUACAGACAAAAUCUUUAUAGACCCCAUCAAAAUGAACAGUUAGCAUUGCCUGGCACAGUUCCUAGUAGUAUGACUAGUGAACAAAUUAGACAAUCGCAAAGACCUGUAGCCCAACCCAGACAUCACCAACGAAGACCUGAACAUCCGCGAAAUCAAUAUCCUAAUGGCGAUGUUCAACGGACUAACACAGAGACCGCGACGAGCAGCAGCAGUUCCAGGGCGCACGACAACAACCACAGCGAUGACGACGACGACGAAGAAGAAGCCGAGACCAUUGAUUUAACCAAGGAAUCCGAACCGAUAACGAGGUCGUCGUCGUCCGUGAUCAUCGAGGAGAUCACGGAUGAGCCCGAGCCCGCCAUAUCGACCUCGACGACGACGACGACGUCAGCGUCGGCGGCUGAGGAGGUAGUGCAGGUGGAGGAGUCAGCGACGACGACACAGGAGAGCAACAGCAAUAGCUGUAGCAGCACAAGCAAAAAACGCUCGCUUAGCCCCGACAUCGAGGAGAUUCGCGACGAGCCGAGCAGCAAACGACAGUCUUACGGUCUGCAAAGAGACGACGACGCCUCGACGAAAGCCGAUAAUAAUUAGACUUAUUUAGCUUAGGCCGCGCCGCUCUCCUUCGUUCACAUUUACGGGCAAUUUUUACGUUGACAAAUCGCGCGUUGGAAUCAAUUGGUUGAAUCAAACAAAUCUUCGGCAAACUCCUCGAUAUAUAAUUAUGUUCCUUCUGCAUUCCGAAUUCAAUUAAGAUAAUAGCGAAACUUCUUUGAACAUUAUUGUACGAGUCGACAAUGCUCUUCGACGACUUUGUGUACCUUGUUAUUAAUGUACUUGGAAAGUUGGAAGAGAUUUCUCUCGAUUGCGACACUCCGAAUUAUCGUGCACGAGGUCAUGCAUAAUUUUUUUUUCCUGUUUUUCUUUUCUUUUUGUAAUUAAAGGUGAAAAGGCGAGCCGAAAAGCUAUGCGUAGCGAGCGCUCGCCCGCACGAGACACGAUAAUUACUAAUUUUAGAAGAACACGAAAAUAAUAACUUUAAUAAUUAGCAACUGUCGCUGUGGUUCUGUGUAUGUGCAUUUGUGCGCGUUGCGAAUUGGCAAAGCGCAAUUAUAUUUCGCGGUCUUCUCUUUGUGAAUGAAAUCCAAGUAAACGUUUGCCAAUUUUACCUUAUCAUUGUGUAAAACUUAAUUCCGGUGAGAAAAAAAAUCUUUAAGGUAGUAUUAUUAUUAUUAUAGAAAAAAAAGUAGCAAAGAUAAUGAUUCGAAUUUAAAAAGUGAUAUACUAGGAUGUUUCUUGAAUUAGCAUGAAUUAAUUUUUCUAAUUUUUAGAUCUGCUGAUGUAUGAGAAUAGCGAAUCUUGAAUUUCGAGUUUGUGCAUCACUUUUUCAUCGUAUUUGUUUUUCUAUUAUAAAUAUUAAAUAUGUACACCUUAAAAUAAGAUCACUGUAUAAUGUCAUAAAAAAAUAAUUAAGCUAGAGUAUCAUGGUCGAAAAGAAAUAUUCAUUUGAAUUUUAUCUCGAAUUUGGAAAUUCAUACACAACUCUGUAACCGUUAAGUUGACUGUACCCAAUCGAGUUUAUAAGAGAUAAGGAAUGGAUUUUUAAGUAUUAAUCUAAAAUCUGCUGCAUAAUCAUCAAUGUACUUUUUAAUCGUAAACAAUAAAAAAAAAUAAAGAAAUUAUAU